AUGUCGACCAACGAACAAUGUGCAUGUCCAACAGCUGAGGAUUUUGAAAGCUGGAAUAAGUGCCUUGCCACUUUCUUUCCUCAAGGUUUCAUCAGAAUGCCAAAGACCUACUCCACUGGAGGAGCAACUGAUAGGGAUUGCGGUGAUCAGGGGCGGUAA